AUGGAGAAAGCUAUAAAGGAGUGUACUACACAUGAUAUAUACGUAUCUACAGCGGUGGCCAUGAAUGUGCUUGGAACGUCCUACCCACCUUCAGCUGGGGCAUUCGGGGAAGAUUCAAUGACGGUAAUGAGAGGCGUCGUACAUUUCUUACAAACCGGGGGUUACCCACUGUUUAUAAAUGUUUACCCUUAUUUCGCCUACGCUAAUAAUCCUGCAGAGAUUAGGCUAGACUAUGCAUUGUUCAAUACUACUGAUACUGUUGUUCAAGAUGGAGAUCUUCAAUACAACAAUUUGUUUUAUGCGAUGGUGGAUUCAGUGAUUUGGGCUGUAGAGAAAGCAGAAGGACCAGAUGUUGAAAUUGUUGUGAGUGAGACUGGUUGGCCAUCCGCUGGGAACGGUGAUAUAACGACUGUAGAACAUGCUCGGAUGUAUGUUAACAAUUUGAUCACUACACAAAUGAAAUCAGGGACGCCGAAGAGACCACAACACGCUAUGAAGACGCAUAUAUUUGCCAUGUAUAACGAAAAUCUAAAACCUGAAGGAGUCGAGAGAAAUUUUGGAAUUUAUCGACCGGACCUAUCAGAAAGUAUAUCACGUAAACUGGCCUAA